AUGAAGACUCGACAUGCCAGUGCGACUAAUCUGCUAUCUCUACUUGCAGCCUUUCUCCCCGCUGUAGUUGGGCAGGAUGAGAGCAAUCCAGGAACGCACAGCACUGUUUUUGACCCGAAAUACAAUGUACCUAAUAGCCUCACAAUAAACCCACGAACACACCCAGGUCUCUUCAGUUUCACCGGUCGAUGGCUCCUCUCUCCCGCACGCCCUACCCGGCCGCAGAAUCCGGUUUACCAGUCAACACUUUGGCCCGGAAACUCCGUGACCGUUCUAGCCCAUGGCACUGAAAUCUCCGUGAAAAUUGUGCCGAAACCGCAGGGCUGGAUUGAGGACUACCAUUUCUAUGUGUCGGUCGAUGGCGGAGAAGACGCCCGGUACAGCAUCCCGGCUUUCAACUCAACCGAGAUGAACAAAGCCGGAAUGGCGACUUCUUUCAGUGUUCCGAUCAAGGAAUUGGUUGAAGGCGUGCAAGGCGCGCAAGGCGAUCUGGGCGACAUGCUUGAGCCACACUUGAUCCGUCUUACAAGCGUCCCGGAAACACCACUAUCUUUUGAGGGCCUGGAGGUACAGAAGACAUUGAUAAACGAAGGGAAAGGGUGGAUGGAAGAGCAGGAUGACAGGCUUUCGAUCGAGUUUGUUGGUGAAGGAAGUGAUGCGGAAAGAGAAACCGGGUUCUUUGACGUACAAAAUGUUUAUGGUGAUGAGCCGAAACCUUCGCUCGACAUCUGGCGACACAGUGUGCAGUAUAGAGUAGGGGAAACAUUGGGCGUGAGACACAGCCAUAUCUCCGCAGGAACCUGCCUCCUCACAUCCUGUCCAGACCAGGCCGGGCUGUUUGAUCAGUACUUCCAAACCUCUCCCUUCCUCAAUUGGGUGGAAUCUGAUUCAGAUCUCGAUCCGCACCACAAUUCCCAGCUCAAAACACCUUACCGCUUCCCCGAACUCUCUACCAAGCCACAAGUACCUAUCCCGCCCGUCAAUAUCGUUGUCGUCGACCUUGGUGUUCUAGAUAUCCUGAUCCACCGCCAAAACCCAGACGAUUACUCCCGCGCACUUGUCCUCUUUCUCGCACGUCUCCGAUCCCAAGCGCACCCAACAGCGCAAAUCCUUGUAGUUGCGAGAAACAGCAAAUAUGUUGUAUCUUCCUCCCCCCCAUAUGCCCUCGAAUCUACUCCAGAAAUCACACAACUUCGUGAGAAGUUGUAUACGGCUACUGAAAAAGCGGUUAAAGUGCUGCGCAAAGAAGCAGCUGAUGAGAACAUCCAUUUGGUCUCGCUGCCGUCCAUUGCCACAUCAGAAGCGAGUGCAUAUCUUCAUGCCAUCUGCCCAUUUAUAGUGCGAUCUCCCUCAGUCCUCUCCAAGCUCUCCCUGAACAGAUUUGGCGGAGUGGCCACACCGUCGAAAGCGCAGAAAGUAUGUCUAGAGCUCGGUGGCCAAGAAUAUGGUAGCGGAUUCAGUUAUCUGGGAUGGAACUUGACUCUGAUAUCGAUUGUGCUCUUCGGUCUGUGGAUGUCAAAGAGCAUCCUCGUUGGAGCUUCGGCCGCGAUAUUUGGGAGAAAGACGUUGGGGAUGGAGGAAGUUGAGGUUGAGAGGGGGCUGCUCAAUACUGGCAGCGCAAAAAAGAAUGAGAAUUAUGAUAAGUCGGGUUAG